AUGGCCGAGGAAGGCAUUGCUGCUGGAGGUGUAAUACAUGUUAAUACAGCUUUACAAGAGGUGCUGAAAACCAUCCUCAACCACGAUGGCCUAGCACGUGGAAUUCACGAAGCUGCCAAAGCGCUAGACAAGCGUCAAGCCCACCUUUGUGUGCUGGCAUCCAACUGUGACGAGCCUAUGUAUAUCAUGCUGGAGGUCCUUUGUGUGGAACACCAAAUCGACCUCAUUAAGGUUGACAAGACGAAACUAGGGGGAUGGGUAGGCCUCUGCAAAAUCGACAGAGAGGGUAAAGUGGUUGGUUGCAGUCGUGUGGUGGUUAAGGUCUAUGGCAAAGAAUCUCAGGCAAAAGAUGUCAUCAAAGAGUACUUCAAAUGCAAGAAAUGA